CGGAAACGGUGGCUGCCAGUUUCUGUGCAGGGAACAAGUUCCUCUGAAAUCAACGCUUAGGAGUAAACACGCUCGUAAGGUUCGAACGAAGUGGAGUCGGCAGGAAGAAAGGAGAUCAGCUGACUGCCUCUGCCCCACGUGAUUCUCAACGGAACAUGGCUGCGCCCAGAGAGAGGUUGAUUUUGGUGGUGUUUAUUUCAGAAGUACUGUGGUUGGGCUUCGCCGUAUGUUUGGAGGGUAGUGAUGCGGUUGAGACUUCCGAAAGCGAGGGGGAUCAAGGGGCUUGUGGUUGCAACACCAACCGGGCUGGUGAUGUGAAAGCAGCAGCGCAGAAAUACUCUCUGGAGGCAAAUGCUUCCCAGCAGCCAAACCAUGGACCGAGGAUGUUGUCGAGCGAUGUGGGUAGGCAGAUGGCCUCUAUUCCAGCUGGAGUGUUUACGAUGGGAACUGAUGAACCAGCUAUAAAACAGGAUGGAGAAUGGCCUGCAAGGAGGGUCCACAUCAGCCAUUUCUACAUGGAUCGCUAUGAAGUCAGCAACAUGGAGUUCAAGACAUUUGUGAAUGCCACUGGCUAUGUUACAGAGGCCGAAAGAUAUGGAGAUUCCUUUGUGUUUGAAGGCAUGUUGAGUGAACAAGUGAAGACUGGAAUUCAUCAGGCAGUUGCAGCUGCUCCCUGGUGGAUGCCUGUUAAAGGGGCUAACUGGAAGCACCCUGAGGGUCCAGAUUCUGAUAUCUCAAGCAGAAUGGAUCAUCCAGUUCUUCAUGUCUCUUGGACUGAUGCUGUAGCCUUUUGCAGUUGGGCAGGAAAGCGACUACCAACGGAGGCGGAAUGGGAAUACAGCUGUCGGGGAGGCCUUGAUAAUAGACUUUUCCCCUGGGGGAACAAACUUCAUCCAAAAGGUCAGCAUUAUGCUAAUGUCUGGCAGGGAGAAUUCCCUGUGAGCAACACUGGGGAAGAUGGAUACAAAGGAACGGCACCUGUAACAGCAUUUCCUCCAAAUGGUUAUGGCUUGUAUAACAUUGUGGGAAAUGCCUGGGAGUGGACCUCUGAUUGGUGGACUGUUAAUCAUUCUGCUGCUGAAACAUACAAUCCAAAAGGACCCCCAAGAGGGACAGACAGAGUGAAGAAAGGUGGAUCCUACAUGUGUCAUAAGUCUUAUUGCUAUAGGUAUCGAUGUGCAGCCCGAAGCCAAAACACUCCCGACAGUUCUGCUUCGAAUCUUGGGUUCCGCUGUGCUGCUGACAUCCUGCCCGACUAUUUAAAGUGACAAAGCUGGCAGCUGUGGAGGACUGAGAAAUCGCAGCAAGGCAAAGAGGUGCUUUAAGAAAGAGAAUGCAGCUCACAGAAAGAGGAUGUCUUACUGGAAAAGAAUGUAGAAAGAGAUUCUGAAAACUUUGGCUAGCAACUGCCUUCUGGAACAUCUCUCUGAGGAAAAUGGGCUUGAUUCCCAUCCCCAUUUAAUUUCUCAUAUGGGAAUCUGGUGUUGAUACUUUUGAUAUGACUUACUACUUUAAAUUUAAAUCUGGAACUGAGCAGAAUCAAGGCUGUUAGUAGCCUUUUAAGACAACCAUUUUCAAGUACUGGAUGGAUUUAAGUAAGCUGUAAAGAACUAAAGCAUUGAUAUAGUACUUUUAAUUAAGAAUGUAUGGAAAACCGUAAUCACAAGUGAAGAAAAACACAAUGAUAGUUUGAGAAAGUUAAAUGGAUCUGAUCCACUGCAAUUAACAAAACGUAAGUUAUGAUUAAUUGUGCCGUUAAUUUCCUUUGCCAAAUUGGAGCCCUUUUCCCUAGAACUGGUAACAUUGCUGGAAAUUUUGGACCAAAAGUGUAUUUGUUUGAAUGAAUUUGAUUUGUGUUAACAAGCUGGGUUAAAUAAAAGGAGGUGGUGGUUAAAAGGGUAGAAUAGGGUUAAAAAAAAGCAGGUAGUAUGAACAAUGAGGUCUUAGUUCCUGAUUUGCUGGGAUCCUUUCUGGUUUCUGAGCCUUCAUCAUAAUGCUGCCAAUACAUUCUUAGAUUUUUCUUCACAUCCAUGAGGAAAAGGAACAUGCAAGCUGGAAUUCUGGUAUUCUAGACAUGCCAGCAAGUAAUAGUCAGCACGAAGACUUCGCUUGCAUCAUUCACUUACAGACUGUGGAAAUGAUGCAUAGAGGAAUCGGCUAUGAAGUGGAUAUUUCCUCUUGAACAAAACUGCGGUUGAACUUCUGCAUUUUCCAUUACCUAUGGCAAUUACUCCUCCUGUAGUAGAGCAAAAGGUUUUCUCUCUACUCAUUGUUUGUUUGCGUAAUUUUUAAUAAAAUAAAGGUACUUCCUACUGGGGAAGAGGUGGAAACUGGC